UUCACCUUCCACCAAACAAAACAGUCCAUUCUUCCCUUCAACUUCAAAAUCAUCAUCAACCAAAUCUUCAGAGAAAAAUGAACUGGACCAGAGGCCGUACAAUCGGCGUUGGCUCCUCGGCCACCGUCUCUAUAGCCAGGUCUUGUGAUUCAGGGGAGGUUUUCGCGGUGAAAUCAGCAAGUCUCUCACAUUCUCACUCCCUUCAGGUGGAGCAAGAGCUUCUGUCCACUUUGAGCUGCGCUCAAAUAGUGUCGUACAAGGGCUGCAACAUCUCCACCGAAAACGGCGGCGUUCUCUACAAUCUCUGCCUAGAGUACGCACCGGGCGGCACGCUUUCCGAUGAAGUUCGAAGGCAAAGCGGGUCGUUAAGCGAGUCCACGAUGAGAUCCUACACGAGGCAGAUACUAUUGGGGAUGCAGUACCUACAUGCUAAUGGAAUUGUACAUUGUGACAUUAAGGGUCACAAUAUUUUGGUGACGGAAGAGGGCGCGAAGUUGGCGGAUUUGGGUUGUGCUCGACGCGUAAAUGGUGAUCAUGGCUCCGCUACCAUUAGUGGCACCCCUCUUUACUUGGCACCCGAGGCAGCGCGUGGAGAGCAACAAGGGUUCCCGGCCGAUGUGUGGGCCCUAGGAUGUACAAUUAUCGAGAUGGCUACGGGGCAAGUCCCGUGGCCUAAUGUUUCGGACCCGGUAUCGGGUUUGUACCGGAUCGGGUUUUCGGGUGAUGUGCCCGAGAUUCCAAACUCUAUGUCAAAGCAAGGUAGGGAAUUUGUGAGCAAGUGUUUGAAGAGAGACCCAUUGGAGAGGUGGUCAGCUAGUGAGCUGCUCAAGCAUUCUUUUCUUCUCGAGGAAGAGGAAUCCUAUUGUUGGAAUAGUCCCACAACUGUGUUGGAUCAUGGUUUGUGGGACUUGGAGGAGUUUGAUGAUAUGGAAUGGGAACAAAGUACCUGUUCAAAUUCAGCUAGGGAAAGAAUUAGAAGGUUGAGUGAAAGGAAUGCCGAUACGACGUCGUUAGUCGGUGGAAUGCUCAAUUGGGCUUGUGAUGGAGAUUGGGUGACAGUGAGAAGCAACAAGGAGGUUAAUAUAUUGCCAGAAGAUGCCAAUCAAGAUCAUGAAGAUGAGGCAACAAAUACAAAUUCUAGUGCUAGUAGUAAUGGGUUGGGUUUGGGCACUUGUAAUGGUAGUUUUAGUUGUAGGGAUAGGAAGUAUUGGCCUUUGAAGGCCUCAAAUUCCAAAUGUAGCAAAAAUGUGUUCUGUAUAAACCAAAACUUUGAUAAUGAGGAAUUUUGGUUUUUUGUGCAUGACAUACGUAAUGUUGUCGAUCUGUUUAAGGCCCUAGUUAAUUAAUAGGCAAAGCAAUCA